GCGAAAGAAGCGAGGGGAGAAGAAAGAUAUGGUCCGGAAAAAGAAUCCACCACUGAGAAAUCUUGUGAGCCAAGGCGAAAGUGAGAAUUGCCAGGUCUCUCAGCCAGAAAGUACCGUGAACCAGGAGGCUGCAGAAAGCUCCGGACUCCGGGAUCCCAUGCAGGAACACAACAACCAGCAAGAUGCAUUCGAGUUAGUCAACAAGGAGGAACAUUGUCUGCGUGUCGCGGACGUCGCCAGCAUCAAAAGCGACUUGAAAAGCCCCGCACUGGGCGAAGGGAAUGGCUUUAAUUAUGAAAGCCACAAGAAGGGAGGAAAUGUUCCAUCCUUCCCGCAAGAUGAGGUGACAGACAGAAAUAUGUCUGCUCUCUCAUCUCAGGCUGCUGGUAGAGUCUGCGAGGCCUGGAAGUCUCCUUGCAGAUCAGAACCAGAUGAUGGCGAUGGCAGGAGCCGCAAUGUGUCUGGAAACCUCUCGGAAUUAAACCACAGAGCUCAAACAUCACCCAAAAGUGGGCGGGAGAAGGGGCAGCUGCUAGAGGGUGAGCCACCUGAACGUCCCAACUCCAGGCCGGGUUCGGUGCCUUCAGAAAACUCUCAGGUGCUUUCAGAUGCGGGUGUUGCACUUGAUCAGACAAAGGCAGAGGAACUGUCUGACAACUCAGACGCAGCGCCCCUGACUCCCGAGCUGCAAGACUUCAAAUGCAACAUUUGCGGCUACGGCUAUUACGGCAACGACCCAACCGAUCUGAUCAAGCAUUUCCGCAAAUAUCACCUGGGUCUGCACAACCGCACCCGCCAAGAUGCGGACCUGGACACCAAAAUCCUCGCGUUACAUAAUAUGGUGCAGUUCUCCCAGUCCAAAGACUUGCAGAAACUGAGCCGAAAUGCGGGCUUGCUCACUGGGAUGUUACAGGACCUGAGUGCUCAGCGACCUGCCAUGUUAAAUGGGACCUACGAUGUACAUGUUACUUUGGGAGGCAUGUUCAUUGGCAUCGGACGCAAAACGCCCGACUGUCAGGGCAACACCAAGUAUUUCCGGUGCAAGUUCUGCAAUUUCACUUACAUGGGCAGUUCUUCGUCGGAACUGGAGCAGCACUUCGUGUCAACGCAUCCCAACAAAAUGAAAAGUGUGCCUUCUGCUCCCGAGGCUGGGAAGGAUGCGACCAAACCGGAGAAAAACACCAGCAAAGGCAGUUCGGCAACAGAGCGCCACUUACCUCGUCCCAUAGACCCAGAGGAUGUGGGCAAAUGGCAGGAGAAGGUCACUAUCAAAGCCACGGAUGAUACCCCCAUUGGCUACUCUGUGCCCAUCAAGUCGGUGGAUACCAGCUCCAAACAGAAUGGCAUGGACUCUACCUGUUACUUCUGGUGUCGUUUUUGCAGCUUCAGCUGUGAGUCGUCAGACACCUUAAAGCUCACGGAUCAUUACAAUAAACUGCACGGGGAGAAUCAGCGCACCGGCUACUUUAACCGAGACUUUCCGGACAAAGCUGGCAGACAGGGAGCCCCACUUGCUCAGAAUGACUCCCCGAAAGAGCGCGCCCCUCUCGGCAAAUCCGACGGGGAGCUCCCGGCGAAGACGGAGAAAGGCGCAGCCUCAGCCCGAAAGAAGGACAAGGCAACGGAGGAGAGUGUGGUCACCAGCUAUAACUGCCAACUGUGCAAAUUCAGGUACUCCACCAGUCAUGGGCCUGACGUGAUCGCUGUGGGACCCCUGCUCCGCCACUACCAUUACGUUCACAACGUCCACAAAUGCACCAUUAAACACUGCCAGUACUGCCCCGGGGGGCUGUGCGGCCCCGAGAAGCACCUGGGGGACAUUACCUACCCAUUCGCUUGCAGGAAGAGUAAUUGCUCCCACUGCACCCUGUUGCUCUUGCACUCGUCCCAGGGGGUGGAAGGGAGUGCCAGGGUGAAGCACCAGUGCGACCAGUGCUCGUUCACAGUUCAGGACGUAGACACACUGCUGCAGCAUUACGAGGCAAUGCACAGCAGCAACAACAGUAUCAACCAGAGCCCAGCAAAGGCUGAGAAUAGCCAGCAGGGAAGUGAUGGCCCAGUGACCAGCGAAGACACUGAAGAGCACUGCUGCACCAAGUGCGACUUUGUGACUCAAGUAGAGGAGGAGAUUUUUCGACACUACAGGAGGGCUCAUAACUGCUACAAGUGCCGUCAGUGUAAGUGGAGCGCCCCAGGGACUCAGGCGUUGCUGGAGCAUUUCAACACGGCGCACUGUGUGCCCCAGGAGGCAGCGAGCAGCAGCAACAGCACCAGCGGCGGAGAGUCGCCACCCCCAGCGCCGCCACCUCCUCCCGGUGCCAUCGACCAGGAGAUGCGGCACCAGCGCCCCCCAACCCCGUGUGAUAGCAGCAGCACCAGCCAGCCUCCACCAGCCCCGACCCCGACCCCGACCCCAACCGAGGAGGAGGGCCGAGGCUGGGCCGACCCCCCCAAGGAAGACGCCAAGAAGCCAGGCUGGGCGAUCAAGGAGAGCGCCGGGGAGCCUCACAAAGGGAGCCCGUACCCGGCUACACAAGCCGCCACCAGGCUACACACCGCCUCCCCCGGCGGCCUGGCCCAGGAGAGCCACAAGAACAGCCGCAGGGCUCCGGAAGAAGGGGACUCCGGGCGGCCCGUCUAUGGAAUGCAGACCGCUGACUCCAAAGGCUUUCCAGCUGGAGUGCAACAGAUUUCUACAGGAGGAGGGGGAGGAGGAGAAAGGGACAAGUCCCGGGCUCUCACUCCACAGUAUCCAACAUCCACUGAACUCAACAAGGCGAGGGAGGAGUCACAGACUCUACUGCGGAGACGCAGAGGCUCUGGAGUUUUCUGUGCCAACUGCCUGACCACAAAGACCUCUCUUUGGCGAAAGAAUGCAAACGGUGGAUAUGUAUGCAACGCAUGUGGCCUGUACCAGAAGCUGCAUUCGGUAGGAAGAACCCAAUAG